ACCGCAAUUAUCCUUAAUUGAGCGCAAAUGACAAUACGGCGUUGCACUUGUGGUCAGCAACAAAAGCGUGUAGCUAAUAGAGAAAUAGGCCAGUGACUUCAUCAGUCAUCGGCUUCUUCAAUUACACUUAUAAGUCAAUAAAGGCAGAGCGUGUGGGACUAUGUCCACAAUCGAAGAGGAGCGUAAAGCGUAUAUUAAUAAUCCAUAUUUCACUGGACCCAUAUACGGCAGCUUUAAGCCGUUUUAUGUGACUAUUGCCAUUUGCACAGUUGUGCUCGGCUCGAUAAUUAUAUUGAAUAUUAUCUUGGGCUGCUGCUCCAAACACCGUAAGUAUUGGCAAGACCGGCAUACGGGCAAUCGCUGGCUAGUUUCCAUUUGGUCUUCAACACCGCAUAAGCAACCCCCACUUGACUUUACUGAGCUACAGGAAGCCAGCUAUUUCGAUCGAUUCCACCCAACCACUCACCAGCAAGUGUUUCCCAGUGACGUUGUCGUUUCCGUUGACGAUUUAGAGCCAGUACAUCAGUCGCAUCAUCAGCAGCGGCCACCCCGCCCAGAGGGUCGUACAUUGCAUCAGCAACGCCAGCGCGAAGAAUACGUUGAGUUGCAGAAGCGUGAAAGUGACAUUUAAGCCAUGGCUCUAUAUAUUCUAUA